CUUUCUCUUUCUCUCUAAUAAAAAAAAAAACAUACACCUAUGGAAUCUCAAAAUCAUUGCUCAGUUAUCAUCAUCGGUGCAGGAAUUUCCGGGAUAUCGGCGGCACAAGUUUUAGCCAAGAACGGAGUAGAGGACAUUUUGAUUCUAGAAGCAUCUGAUAGCAUCGGAGGAAGGAUUAAAAAACAAGAUUUUGGCAACGUAUCGGUCGAACUUGGUGCCGGAUGGAUUGCGGGUGUGGGUGGAAAACAAUCCAAUCCGGUUUGGGACCUUGCGGUUCAAUCCAACCUUCGUACAUGUUUUUCGGAUUAUAGUAAUGCUCGUUACAACAUUUACGACAAAAGUGGGAAGAUAUUUCCGAGUGGGGUGGCUGGAGACACGUAUAAGAAGGCGGUUGAGAUGGCGAUUGAGAAGCUACGAACAGAUCAGGAAAGCCUUCUAUCAUCGGCUCAUCAUGUCUCCCAACUUUCCACUAAACCAGAAACACCUAUUGAGUUGGCAAUUGAUUUUAUUCUUCAUGAUUUCGAAAUGGCUGAGGUCGAACCAAUUUCGACAUACGUGGAUUUUGGGGAGAGGGAGUUUUUAGUGGCGGAUCCAAGAGGUUACGAGUAUUUACUAUACAAGAUGGCGGAAGAAUUCUUAUUUACAUCGGAUGGCAAAAUCCUAGACAAUCGUCUAAAACUAAACACGGUUGUCCGAGAAAUACAACACUCGAGGGAUGGCGUUACAGUUACAACAGAGGACGGUUCUGUUUACGAAGCCACCUACGUCAUUUUGUCAGUUAGUAUCGGUGUUCUUCAAAGCCAACUCAUUUCUUUCGAACCUUACUUGCCUAGAUGGAAAACAGAGGCCAUUAAGAAAUGUGAUAUCAUGGUGUACACAAAAAUCUUCUUGAAGUUUCCAAGUAAAUUUUGGCCAUGUGGUCCCGGAAAAGAGUUCUUUAUCUAUGCCCAUGAACGAAGAGGCUACUACACAUUUUGGCAGCAUAUGGAGAAUGCAUACCCCGGGUCAAACAUUCUUGUCGUAACAUUGACAAAUGGAGAAUCCAUACGAGUUGAAUGUCAAUCAGACCAAGAAACAAUGAGAGAAGCAAUGGAAGUGCUUAGGAACAUGUUCGGUCCUGACAUUCCGGAAGCUACAGACAUACUCGUGCCACGCUGGUACAACAAUCGCUUCCAGCGUGGCAGUUACAGCAACUACCCAAUCUAUGCUAAUUCUCAACUCGUUGAAAACAUUAAGGCUCCUGUCGGGCGUAUUUAUUUUACGGGGGAGCAUACUAGCGAAAAGUUUAAUGGCUAUGUACAUGGUGGCUACCUAGCCGGUAUAGACACAGGAAAAGCUUUGUUGGAAGACAUGAAAUCCGAGAAAGAUAUGGAAACAAAUAGUGAAUCCAUUUUACAACCAUUACUAGCACUAACAUUGUCACAAACAGAAGCAGUAGCCGCCGGUCUUAAAAAAUGCGAUAUUCACAGGCAGAUCUUUCAUGGUAAUAGCAAAAGGGGUCUUCCUGAGGCCAUCUUAUGACUACAAAAACCAUCAGCCAAAGAUACAAGGCGUGAUAUCCAAACGCCAGGUUUUGGCAAUGGGCGAACUUUGAGAAGUUGCAAAGCGGCAGGCGUUGUUAACCCAAUGACACCGGGUGGCAAAAAUGAAAAUUGAUAUAGAUUGGCAGGGGAAUAGGGGAUGGGGUGGCACUAGUACCGGGUACAUAAUACUGAGGUCAAUUGAUUUGUAGGUGACUUAUGAAAGGAACUUUUUGAACAUUGUAAUCUCUUGGUUCGAAUUGACAUAUACAAAUGUUUUUUUCAAGUCA